AAACGCGAUCCAUCCAAAACUUUUUUCGCUCGCCAUGGACUGCGCGCAUAAUCCAGCCCCGGUAUGAGAGCCAAUCACCGCGGCAUCGCGACCGCUGUAUCUCGAUGCACCCACCAGCGCCCUAUUGUGCGCGCUUCGUUCGCCAGCGGCUCGAGAUGGUCGUCGUCAGAGAGUCGACAGUGGUCAACGCCGCUUGCCAAAUCGCUGGCUGAAGCUAUAACGACAACAGGUCCCGUUUCUGUGGCUGCUUAUAUGCGCCAAUGCCUCACGUCGCCCGACGGAGGAUACUACACUAGUCGCAAUGAUGAUGGAGAUCAAUUCGGAAAGAAAGGGGAUUUUAUAACUUCUCCAGAGAUAUCUCAGGUCUUUGGGGAGCUGGUUGGCGUCUGGGUUGUGGCAGAAUGGAUUGCCCAGGGUAAGAAGAGCUCGGGAGUGCAAAUAAUGGAGGUUGGGCCAGGAAGAGGUACUUUGAUGGAUGACAUGCUCCGCACAAUUCGAAAUUUCAAGCCGAUGGCUGACAGCGUCGAGGCUAUCUACAUGAUCGAAGCUAGUCCGUCCCUACGAGAUGCUCAGAAGAAGUUACUCUGCGGUGAUGCAGCCAUGGAAGAGAUUGAUAUUGGCUUCCAGAGCAAGUGUAAAUACUUCGAAAACCUCAAAAUUAUAUGGUGUGAGGACAUCAGAUUCAUAUCUAAGGACGCCACCAAAUCACCCUUCAUCAUAGCCCAUGAAUUCUUCGACGCCCUUCCAAUUCACGUCUUCCAAAGCGUCGAACCCACCCCCAACACCUCCCCAAUCCUCACCCCAACCGGCCCAAUCCCCCGCCCAAAAGCCCCCCCAAGCUCCCAAUGGCGCGAACUCCUCAUCUCCCCAACCCCCGAACACUCCCCCUCCUCCACCACCCCCCCACUCCUCGACUUCCAACUCACCCUCUCCACCGCCCCAACCCCGCACAGCCAAUACCUCCCCCUCACCUCCCCGCGCUACGCCGCCCUCGCCAAAACCCCCGGCGCCAUCAUCGAAAUCUCCCCGGAGUCCCUUUCCUACGCCGCCGACUUCGCGACCCGCAUCGGCGGCUCCACCGACGCCCGCAGCGCUCUUCCGUCUGGCGCCGCGCUGAUCCUAGACUACGGCCCCUCGGCAACGAUUCCCACGAACUCGCUCCGCGGCGUCCGCGCGCACAAGCCCGUCUCCCCGCUCGCGGCGCCCGGCAAGGUGGAUAUCUCGGCGGAUGUGGACUUUGUCGCGCUGGCCGAGGCGGCGAUCAAGGCGAGCCCCGGGGUCGAGGUGCAUGGGCCGGUUAAGCAGGGGGUGUGGCUGGGUGCGAUGGGGAUUCGGGAGCGAGCGGAGGUGCUGGUGCGGAAGGCGAGGGGGAAGGGGGAAGGGGAGGAGGGGGUGGGCAGGAUUGAGGGGGGGUGGAAGAGGCUGGUGGAUCGGGGGCCGACGGGGAUGGGCAGAAUCUACAAGGCCAUGGCGAUUGUGCCGCAUGUUGCUGGGAAGGAUGGCAGGCGGCCGGUUGGGUUUGGGGGGGAUGUGGGGGUAUAG